AUUUGAUGGGAAUUUGGAGUAGCUUCAGAACGGUGAUUAAAAGUAUAUGCACAUGUGGAAGAGGUAAUUUUGUCGUUGUAUCAUCAUCCUAUCGUUGCGCAUCAGAGAGUUGCAGCAUUUUGUAUAGACCAUAAAAUUCUGUUUGAGUAGAUAUUGUUGCGAUCAUGAAAGUUACCAUCAGAUUUGGCGAUUCUUAUUAUAUGUUUUUUCAUGCUACGGAAGAUUUAGGGUUUAGAAGCAUGAGGAGACCAAGAAAGAAAAAUAUUUGGUAUUCAGUGGUCCCCUUUUGUGUGAUGCUAUACAACUUUGAAAGCAGUCUACAAUUUUAAAAGCCCACAAUAUCUUUCACUCGCUGGUGAAUUUCGUAAACCUCUUUUGAUACCUUAAAUUUCAAGUUUGCUGCAGAGGCAGUCAGUCUAAAAAGGGAGAUGGCUUUUCUCCCGUAGUAGCUUCACGUCCUCCCUUUCUUUUGUAUGGUACUACUGCAGAAUUUAGAAGGAAAUUUUAAUAAUGGUAAUAAUAUUUUUAUUGAAAAACAAUACAGUAUAGUUCAUGCAUCCUUACAACAAUAAGUGUGUGAUAAAAAAUUCUCUCCCCACUCACAGUUAUGCCAAACAGGUGAACAGGUGGACUAUGAUGGCUUGUCUGCAGAGACUAGGCUUCCGAAAACACUAUUUAAUCUGCGAGAUUCCGUGCAUGCCAUCUUAGAUCACGCCAUUUUUGUUAUAUUAAUAUAGUAUGCUUGUUACUAUUCAAAAGAGGACUGCUGAAAAAGGCUGUCCAUUUUAGCAUUUUGGAUAAAUAUAUUAUAACCAUCAAGGUGAUGCCAUUUAUUUAGAGUUCUACCAGAUUUUAACUACCUCAUGAAGUGGCUAGCAUCAACACUUCUGGUGAUGCUAUUAUAAAGAUAGAAGUCAUCAAGAAUAUUUUUCCCUAGAUCAAGAAAACCCCACUAUCCUAAGCAUAUCAAAAAACAUAUCCCUGCAAUUCAUACUUUGAAUUUUGAUAAAACUUAUUGGUAGAGAAUGUGUUGGCUUCUAUAAGCAAAUGCAUGCUCAGACAGUUUGUUGUUGCUCAUCCCAGGGGAUCAUCACGAGGGACUUGGACCAAUAUCAUCUAUGGGUGUGCGAUUGCGGAUUCAAGAUCACCAUGUAACUUCCUCUGGUUUUUCUUGUGGUAUUAUUGGUUAUUCAGCCUAAAGGUGUCAUUCAAAUAUCAGGAUCAAUAUUAGUUGGUUAAUUAUUGUUUUUUCCAUGUUUUGGGUUCCCUCCAAGAUUAAUGAAGAGUGGUGAUGGAUAAUGGCAUACUGCAAGUGACGCUAUCGAAUCCAGAGGGCCUUGUCACUGGGGUACGAUAUAAUGGCCUUGACAAUGUUCUCGAGGUUCUUAAUCAUGAAGGUAAUAGAGGGUAUUGGGAUGUGGUGUGGAGUGCUCUAGGUGAAUCAGGAAGGAAAGGAGUAUUUGAAGUGAUCAAAGCAACAAGCUUUAAGGUAAUAGUGGAAACAGAGGACCAAGUGGAGGUGUCUUUUUCAAGACCAUGGGAUCCUUCCCUACAGGACAAACUUGCUCCUAUAAACAUAGACAAGAGGUUUGUUUUGCUUCGUGGUUCCUCUGGUUUCUACACCUACGCCAUUUAUGAACACGUGGGUUCUGAAGAAUGGCAAGCUUUCAGUCUUGGUGAAACUCGAAUAGCAUUCAAACUCAGAAAAGACAAGUUUCACUACAUGGCGGUGGCAGAUGAUAGAAGAAGAUACAUGCCCCUUCCAGAUGAUCGAUUAGCAGGAAGAGCCCAACCCCUUGCCUUUCAGGAAGCUGUUUCGCUUGUUAACCCAGUUGUGCCUGAGUUCAAAGGAGAAGUGGAUGACAAGUAUCAAUAUACUUGUGAGAACAGAGACCUCAUGGUACAUGGGUGGAUAUCGAAUGACCCUCCAGUUGGGUUUUGGCAAAUUACACCCAGCAACGAGUUCCGGACGGGGGGGCCUCUCAAGCAGAACCUGUGUUCCCACGUGGGCCCCACUUGCCUAGCUGUUUUUGUUGGUGCUCAUUAUGCUGGGGAUGAUUUAGUUCCAAAAUUUGGACAGGGCGAGCCAUGGAAAAAGGUCUUUGGGCCGGUUUUUAUCUAUCUAAAUUCAGCAAUGUGUGGACAAGAUCCUCUUUCACUUUGGGAUGAUGCAAAAAGACAGAUGAUGGUCGAGGUCAAGAGUUGGCCUUAUAGCUUUCCAGCAUCUGAGGAUUUCCCAAAAUCACAUCAGCGAGGAAAUGUUAGAGGCAGAUUACUUGUUCGGGACAGAUAUCUUCACAAUGAUGACAUGCCAGCAAAUGGUGCAUAUGUUGGGUUAGCUCCACCAGGAGAUGUUGGAUCAUGGCAAAGAGAAUGCAAGGACUACCAGUUCUGGACUGAAGCAGAUUGCAUUGGAGAUUUCUCCAUUAACAAUGUAAGAGCUGGAGAAUAUAAUUUGUAUGCUUGGGUCCCUGGAUUUCUUGGAGACUACCGAUACCAUGUUCCCAUUACCAUCACUCCAGGCUGUGAUAUUAACGUGGGCAAUCUUGUUUAUGAGCCCCCAAGAGAUGGUCCUACAUUGUGGGAAAUAGGUAUCCCAGAUCGGUCUGCUGCAGAGUUCCAUGUCCCGGAGCCUAACCCCAGAUACCGGAAUCAACUUUUUGUCAAUAACCCUAAGAGCAACUUUAGGCAGUAUGGCUUAUGGGAAAGGUAUGGAGAGUUGUACCCUUGUGGUGACCUGGUGUUCACUGUUGGAGAGAGUGAUUAUCGCAAAGAUUGGUUCUAUGCUCAAGUUCCAAGGAGAAAAGAAGACAAUUCAUAUGAAGGAACCACAUGGCAAAUAAAGUUCCAACUCGAGAAUGUCCAGCGUGCUGCUAUUUAUAAGUUACGAAUGGCACUAGCUGGUGCAACUCUUGCUGAAGUACAGGUUCGGGUAAAUGAUCCAAACAAAGCUCGCCCACUAUUUACAACGGGAUUGAUAGGACGUGACAACGCAAUUGCAAGACAUGGGAUUCACGGGUUAUAUUGGCUAUACAACAUAGACAUUUCAGGGGGUUUGUUGGUCCAAGGAGAAAACACUAUUUAUCUGAAACAACCCAGGAACCAAAGCCCCUUUCAAGGUAUCAUGUAUGAUUAUAUACGCCUAGAAGCUCCUCCUCCUUAAUUAAUCAAUCUCACAACUCAUGUUUCUUCCAUUUUUUUUAAAUGCAUUCAAGCAAGCAAAUCAAUAAAUACAUGUUAUCUCUUUAUUUGUCUAUUUGUAAAUGUGCUGCUAUUCAUAGAUUAGUUGAUGUGGUAAUUUUGUCGACAAAA